AAAAGCCCGGAGAGAGGAAGGGGGCGGAUGCUGGCGGCGCGGCGGGCACUGUGGCCGGGCUGGCGUUGUUGGGGCUGUGAACGCAAGAAGAUGAGGCUGCUGGCGGCUGCGGCCCUGCUGGGGCUGGGCGGGUCUCUCCUGCUGCUGCUCUUCCCGGCGACUCAUGCAGAGGAGCGCAAGAAGGGGCCCAAGGUCACGGCCAAGGUGUAUUUAGAUCUGCGGAUCGGAGAUGAAGACGUGGGCCGAGUCGUCUUUGGCCUUUUUGGAAAGACGGUUCCAAAGACCGUUGAGAACUUCAUUGCCUUGUCCACAGGAGAGAAAGGGUUUGGAUACAAGGGCAGCAAGUUUCACCGUGUCAUCAAGGAUUUCAUGAUCCAGGGAGGAGACUUCACCCGGGGAGAUGGGACAGGAGGUAAAAGCAUCUAUGGUGACCGUUUCCCCGAUGAAAACUUCAAGCUGAAGCACUACGGGCCGGGUUGGGUGAGCAUGGCCAACGCGGGCAAGGACACGAACGGCUCCCAGUUCUUCAUCACCACCACCAAGACUUCGUGGCUGGACGGCAAGCAUGUCGUGUUUGGGAAAGUCCUGGAAGGGAUGGAUGUCGUGAGGAAGGUAGAGAGCACGAAGACGGACAGCCGGGAUAAGCCCUUGAAAGACGUCAUCAUCGCCGACUGCAACACCAUCGAGGUGGAGAAGCCGUUCGCCAUUGCCAAAGAGUAACUCGCGGCUGCCGGAAGGCCAGGACCACACUCUGGCUUGCCAAGGGCUGGGGGCCCGACCCUCUUGCUGCCGAGGCCUCGUUUCAUCCUGCAGCAGGUGAGCGCGGCUGCUGUUGCUGCUCCCUUCCUCUUCAGGCUGGGGAGUGGCAGCCUCCAUCAUCCAUGUAACCACCUGUUCCAUCCGCCACGGUGGGCGUCCAGGCCCCUCCUGAGUGGCUUGGGAGGGCGUUGGGUAUCUCAUUCCUUUUUGUAAGAAAGCACAUGGACCAAUAAAUGUGACCAUUGUGUUUUUGUA